GGCAAUGAAAGGUCCGCUACGAGGGUGAGGUCCUGAGAGCGGUCCCGCUGCUGCGCUGACAGAGCAGUCCCGCACUAAGAUGGCGGCGGCCGUUACAGGAUCCACGGGUCUAAGGCUCUGGCCACUCGGGUUCCUGGCGCUGUUGCAGGCGAUUUGUGUUUAUGGGGCGCAUUUAUCAUCAGAAGCAUGCAGAGAACUAGGCUUUUCCAGUAAUCUGCUAUGUAGUUCUUGCAACCUUCUUGGACAAUUUAGCUUGAAUCAACUAGAUCCAUUCUGCAGGGAGUGUUGCCAAGAAGAAGCUCAGUUUGAAACAAGAAAGCUCUAUGCAGGUGCUAUUCUUGAAGUGUGUGGAUGAAAAUUGGGACGGUUCCCUCAGGUUCAGGCUUUUGUCAGGAGUGACAAACCUAAACUGUUCAGGGGACUGCAAAUCAAGUAUGUGCGUGGUUCUGAUCCUGUACUAAAGUUGCUGGAUGACAGUGGGAACAUUGCUGAAGAAUUGAGCAUCCUUAAAUGGAAUACAGAUAGUGUAGAAGAAUUCCUAAGUGAAAAACUAGAACGCAUAUAAAUCUUGCUGCUUUCAGUCCUCUCUCUCAGUUUAUCCCGGCUGUCUUCUCAGAUGAAUCAUGCUACACCCAGCAAAUCAUUCCAGCUUCUACAUGAAUUUUAAAAGAUCAUUUGAUGUGCUGCUAUUUAUCUUUUCAAUUAGAAGGUGAAGCUUCAGCACAGCAAUACAUCUGACAAGUGGGCAAGGUGAACAAGUAGUUUGUACUACUACAUAUCAGUUCUUCUUAGUAACAUUGCAUUUCAUUAGUGAUAAACUCAGUUAAUUAUGCAAAUUCCAGAGUCCGCGUUUGUUAUAAUUGGAACAGUUUUUACCAACACUUUUAAAACUUUGGCAAUUUCAAAUAAUUGAGAUGAUUUUGUACAUUGCUUUUCUGUGCACAGGAAUUCAUAACCACGUGAGAUGUAUACUCUGCCUCCAAAAAAAAUGUCUUAGUCAUCUUUUGCAUUUUGUAUUUCUCAGCUGUCCUUUUUAUGUAUAUGUUAUUUACAAUUUAUAACAAAUGCCUAGUUCUAAAAAUUUUUGGAAUGUUGUUGUGACAGAGGAAGAACUUAUGAUCUGGAGUGAUAAUAAAACAUUAAGUAGGUGCACUUUAGUGAAGACUACAUAGAAAACCUUCAAGGCAUGUGUAAGUCUGAUGUCUGGUGUACUUUACACUCAUUGUUUUACUUUACUGCAAUAGAUCUGAGUUGUUAGAAUAUAAAGAUUUUUGAGAUGGCAAUAAAUUACUUUCACAAAUCUCUUA